CGUCAUUUCUCUUUGGUUGCCGUAGUCUUUGUUUGCCUCUGAAUCGAUCCACAUCUCCUGCUCCAAAAUGUCCCAGACUCCCCAAGCCCUGUACUUUGCCGUGGGUCCUGGCCAAAACGAAAUAACCUGUCCCUACUGCACAGUGAAGGCCAAGACUAGAUUGGUGCGAUCAUGGAAGAGUUUAUGCACCAAACGGCACCACUGUGGAGCUUGCGGGGAGUACCUGGGCGUUUACCGCCGCCCACAGCUGUAGAUCAUCACUAGGGGCGCCGGAAAAUCAUAACAAUCACAUCACCACACGGAGGAAAAACUAUGAAAAUGGGUCAAUAAUUGGAUACAUAUAAUAUAUGGAAGAAGUUUAAAGUUGCCAAAAGUUAAUAUUUAUUAAAAAUAAAAAAGAGAUUAUUAUUUCCAACUACCGGCUUUAA